CCCACCCGAAGCGCUCCGCUUCCUCUGACCUCAUUCCGCUUCCGCCGCUCUCCCUUCCUUUCCGCAGCCGCCACCGCGAGGUGUUCCUGCUCCCUCCCAGCCACUAAAACCGAAGGAGAUGCAGAACGACGCCGGAGAGUUUGUGGAUCUUUACGUCCCUCGGAAAUGCUCUGCCAGCAACCGAAUAAUUGGUGCCAAGGAUCAUGCUUCUAUUCAGAUAAAUAUUUCUGAGGUUGACAAGGUCACAGGCAGAGUAAAUGGGCAGUUCAAAACCUAUGCCAUUUGUGGACCAAUUCGUAGAAUGGGGGAAUCAGAUGACUCCAUUCUGCGUCUGGCAAAAAAUGAUGGAAUUGUUUCCAAGAAUUUCUAACUGAAGGAACUCCAGAAUGGAACAUCUGAUGUAAAAUAAAACAGUUUAAACCUA